AGCUACACCCCAGCCCAACUCACGAGACUGGGCCACGCAUCGACAGCAACAAUUGUCGUAACUCGUACAGUAGGUCUAACGUUACCUUUGGUAUAGAUUUAUAUCUGUUGUUGCGUAACUGAGAGCAUGGUUAGUUGGGUGCACUGCUCACAAGAGUAGCCUAUAGGCUACAGUGUAGACUAGGCUGAACAACACGUCAAGAGAAAAUGACGCUUAUUCUCAAAAUUACCGAAUGGAUUGGACAUUUGUUGAUACUACUACUUGCAGUUCUUUUUAUAGGAUUUGUUUUCUACUUACUUUACAUAAAACAUGUUCAUCGAAAGUACGAUCAUAUCCCAGGACCACCAAGAGAUAAUUUCCUACUUGGGCAUUUGCCAAGUAUAUUGGCAGACACCAGAACCCCUGGCCGUCAUAUCAAUCAAAGAUUUUUAGAAUGGACUGACAAGUAUGGCCCUGUUUGCAGAGUGAACAGCCUGCAUAGUGUAUUUCUCAUUGUCACUUGUCCUGAGGCAACCAAGGAAUUCUUAAUGUCACCGAAGUAUUCCAAAGACCCUUUUGUGUACAAGCGCCUCUUCACCUUAUUUGGUACCAGAUUCCUUGGGAAUGGCCUGGUGACCGCCAUGGACCAUGAUUUAUGGUACAAGCAGCGCAGAAUCAUGGACCCUGCAUUUAGCAGCGUAUACUUACGCGGUCUGAUGUCUACGUUCAAUGAGAGAGCGGAGCGCCUGAUGACCAAACUGGAGGAGCAUGCCGAGAGCCAGCAGCCUGCACACAUGCACAAGCUGGUCAACUCCUUCACCAUGGACGUGAUCACCAAGGUCGCUUUUGGAGUUGACUUAGACUUGAUCAACGUUAUGGACUGCCCAUUCCCACGAGCCAUUGAGUUAUGUCUUAAGGGCAUGAUACACUACAUCCGAGAUCCCAUUUUUCAGUAUUGGUACAAGAAUAGGCCGUUGGUGCGGGAGAUCAGGGAAGCCGCGCAGCUUCUCCGUGAUACAGGAGCCACCUGGAUAAAGGAGAGGAAAAAGGCUAUUCAGGCUGGAGACGGUGUGCCUAAGGACAUUCUAACACAGAUUCUCAAAUCCGCAAAAGAAAACAAAGAUGAUGAUGAAGAAACAAUGCUCGACAAUUUCGUCACUUUUUUCAUAGCAGGCCAAGAAACAACGGCUAAUCAGCUGUCAUUUGCCAUCAUGGAACUGGGAAGACAUCCUGAAAUACUACAGAGGCUCAAGGAGGAAGUGGAUGAAGUCCUUGGGAUGAAACAGGAGAUCAGCUAUGAGGACCUGGGAAACCUCACCUAUUUGACCCAGGUGCUGAAAGAGACUCUGAGGUUAUACCCAACUGCUCCUGGCACCUCUCGCUGGCUGGAAGAGGACACGGUCAUUGAUGGCAUCAAGGUCCCAGGAGGAUGUGGUAUCAUGUUAAGUUCGUACGUGAGUUCAAGGUUGGACAAAUUCUUCAAAGAUCCAGAGAAAUUUGAUCCAGAGAGAUUUAACUUGAAAGCUCCCAAGCCUUAUUUUUGCUACUACCCCUUUGCUUUGGGUCCACGGUCCUGUCUCGGACAAAAUUUCUCCCAGAUGGAGGCAAAGGUCGCAAUGGCUAAACUGCUGCAGAGAUUCGACUUCAGCCUGGUGCCCGGCCAGUCUUUUGACAUCCUGGACACUGGGACGCUACGGCCAGAGGGCGGGGUGAUCUGCACGAUCAAACACUGCGGCAAUGCGUGACCCUCCAGGCCUGUCUUGAAAAUUCAAUUAAAAUGUGUUAUUAGUGCAUACAAUUAUACAGAGUAUACUGUAUGUAGUGAAAUGCUUUGUCCCCUGUCUCUAUGGCUGUGCAGUGUGUAAAUAAAUAAGGUUAUAAAUAGAAAAAGAAGAUAAGAAGGAGACGAAAUGUCUAAAGUACAUGAGGUGUACCUUGAAUUUCCCCUUGGGGAUCAAUAAAGUAUCUACAGUAUCUAUCUAUCUAUCUAGGUGUUUCCAACAUGCUUGUGCUCCUGCUCUACAGUCCUCAUUCAGUAUCCCGAUAACUUGGGGAUAGUAACUUUUCUGCCUUCUCUCUGUGUUGUUGGCCCUCAGGCAGCGGUAAUGUUUCCCAGAGUGUAAGGUAGAGAGGAGGCAGUUGGGGUGACUGGGAUUUUCUUUACUGGACUUUACUCUCCUGAUGUACAGUACAUUUCCUCUAGGUUUGGUAGUGGACUCCUGGUGGUACGUUCAGCUGAUCUCAUCUGAUACAUACAGUACAUGAUGUAUGAUGUAUUUGAUUACUGAAAUAUGUAUUGACCAAUAAAUUGACAAAUAAAAUCAAAGACAGAUUGAUGAAAUGAGUAAUUAAAGAUGUAUAAAUACAAUGUACAUGUAACUAAAGAUGGCCAUGUCUCAAAAAACUCCCUAUGACUAUGUAAUAAUGUGUACCGAUACACUAACACUUCUAAAUACAACUCUUAUUGGUACAUCUGCAAACUACUGAAUUUUAAUAACUUUAUGUAUUAUAAAAUCUUAAUAAAAUAUAUUUACA